CGCGCCAAGAGGACAAGGCGGGAGCGCCGUCGAGUUGCGAAGUGCAUGAACUUCUCACAGUCCCAGGGAGGAGAUAGCGAGGCCCGAGGACGUCGGUGUGAAAGAACAAAGGAAUGGGAGUGUCAAAUGUGCACGUUGCUCAACACGUACAAGCGGAAGACUUGCGCUGCAUGUCUAUCUGAGAGGGCAGUGUCUCCAGAUGCAUUGUCCCAAGCUGUCCCUUCCACGCAAACCAAGAAACGCAUUCGACUACGACUGGUAUCUCAAAUCAAUGAAAACGAAAUAGACCAUUGUUCCAACGACGACGACGACCUGGACAACAUGCCAUUGAAGUCAAAGAAAAUCCACCGAGUGACACAACUUUCUCAGUCGACUAUGGAAGCCGUGUCGACAGAUAUGCACGAUGGCACUGAUGAAAGGAUCGCAGUUCCUAGGUCAAUGACUGAAGAGUCGGUCUCCAUCUCGGCAAUGAUGGAUGUUGUGCGAAAGCCUGCGAUUCUUCACGCGCCUCUGGACAACAAAGAGAAUGAGGUCAUAGCCGAUGAGUCAACUUCACUUGAGACGAUGCGUGCAAAAGCUACCAUCAUCCACGAGGAAUCCUCCAAACAACUUGAGGUUAAAUAUCCAAGAUCAUUACGAAAUCGACACUCUCUGGAUGUAUCCGUUCCACUCUUGAAGCGCCAUUCAUUGGCGGCAUCAGUAGACUCGUUCAAAGCCAUCAACGGUUCGGAAGCGUCAAGUGGAAUAACCAAAACAAGUCCAUCAACUAAAGGAAGCGUCACCUCAUGUCAAGUACAACCUACCUCUGACUUGUUUGAGUCAUCGUAUCGCAUUGCUACCGAAUCGGAUAUCGUUUGUGCGGAUGUCGUGGAUGUGUCAGCCAGUACCUUGCCACCAGUUCCACUAGCAUCUGCCAAAGCCAGUGCAUUGGCAAUUCAUCACAUGUCAAACGUUGAAGAAGUCACCUCGGCAAAGCCACGCGGUAGCUUCUUUUACCACAUUUCCCAAGACUCGACAAAUCUACUCCGUCGUCGACUGAGAAGGAAAGCUUGUGGCGCAGACGGCGGUCUGACUUCGAAAGCCCCUGUCAACGGUGAUAAUGAGAUUACCCAGACAGCCAUCGACAUCAUCAACUCGAAAUGGCUCACUUCCAAUCAAAGGAGGCAAACUGCUUCAACUCUGAAUGAAGCUGGAUCGGCCAUUUCACUGCUUUCAGUUGUUGCAGAUGGUAAUCCUCCCCAGAUUUCCCAAGUUGCAGAAUUGAGCAACGUGCGUCGAACUUCAGCAAUGUUCGAUGCCCCUCCACCGCAGCCGUUCAAGCAAGAGGUGUCGGUGCUCAGUCAAAUCAACGUCGACAAGGAAGUGGAAGCCCCGUCCUUUCAGUUGCUCAGCUUUUCAAUGCCCUCCGCUCCUUUGGCUAUCGCAGAAAAAUCAAUUCCUGAAACCAUGACCCCAGUAACCAGCCUACCAAACGGCUCUCAAGGGGCCCCGUCGUUCGACUUGUUGUCUGGCUUCAUUUCGAAUCAAAGCAGAGCCACUCCCACCAUCGCGGUCUCGCAACCAAGUGACUACCGACAAGAAGUCCAAGCCAAAGAUGCUGUUGACGAUGUCGCCCGACGACGCGACUCUAUCUCCUCCAUUUAUUCAAAGACAUCGCAUAUCGUAAAUCAUUUUGGAGCGACGAGCCCAUCGACCUUCGUGCUAAGGUGCCCGACAAAUCACCACUCUUCCGAAUUGGUUACGUCUCAAGCGUCCAGCAACAGUGACAUUGCGUUGCGUCAGGCAGGUUUAGACGACAGCUCAGACGACGAAGAAGUGAAACCGAGGAAGCAAUUGAGAGCGAAUCGGUUGUCGGUUUUGUCAACUUCUUCUACCGAAUGGACGUGCAAGUGGUGCACGUAUGUCAAUGAGGGCUGUUCUACCAUGGAAUGUGAAUGUUGCGGACAAACAAAGGGAUCGUCGAUGGAACAGCUAAAACAGACCCACACGACCAACAAAACUACACCGAGUUACCCCAAGCGAAGUGUCGUCAACGUAUCGAAUGACGAUUCGUCGGACGCGUCAUAUGACGAUGACCGCGAUGUCGAAGGACCUGGCUGGAUAUGCAAGUUGUGCACGUAUGAAAACGUUUCAAACCCUACGCGAUGCGAGUUGUGUGAUACUCCCAAAGGCUCCACGAUGCCUUCGCAAACUGAAAUGGUGCAGGAAUACAACCACUUUGACGUCGACGACGUCGACAUGGAGUUUCAAGUUUCAAACACCAACAACCAAGACGUUGUUGACCUGACGACGGCCAGCGAUGGAACAAGGUAUACGGAGUACGACGAUGAUUCCAUCGAAGAAAUCUCCGAUACCGAGCGGGCGAAUCCUUCUUCCCCUCGAGACGCCCCGGAGUUGCGUGAGUUUACUUGUUUCACCCCCGUGGCGACACUUCGCAUAAAACGCGACAGCAUCGACUACUUGAGUAUGUUUGGUGCAAACAGGGGAGGAAAAUCAUACUCGGACCGUUUGCAAAGUCGGAUCGCAGAAUCGCGGAGACGUAUAAGUGCUGAGGCACGCGGUGUCACUAAAACCAAGCCAGCCAACGGAAAGAGGAAAAAAGGAUCGAAGAAAAACCGCAAAUCGACUGGAACUGCUUCACUGCAUGUAGAAAAUGGUCCUGCCAGUCGUUCAUUUCCCGCCUUUCAAAAGGCGUCGACAGCAGUGAAACGCCGUGCGCAACCGGCAUAUCAAUUUCAAUCGGAAAGUCCUCCACGAGACGGCGCGCCACAAUUGUUGAAUGCCAACCUACAGCCCAAAUCCAGAACGAAAUCUAUGCGGGUCGUUACAGAGGAAGGUGACUUCGGUGCGUUCCGGUCGACGCGGUCAUCGUUGCUAUCCGCCCCUGUCGAGUCGAUUCGAAUGACAACGUGGGAGGGGCACGGGUCCAUGCGAUAUGACGACGAUUAAAUUAAUGUCCAGGGGUUUCCUCUCAAGGAUAUUUGUCGAACACACUGAAACUGUCCUGAGCGGUCCGGGACACCUUCGAGUAGUUGAGGAGCCCAAGAAGCCCGAUGCUGCACGUGGCACUCACGACAAAGAUCACGUCAAACCAAGACGCAAACCCGUAGUAGUCGAUGCGUCCCAGCACCGCAUCGAUGUGCCGUCUACCAACACAAACAAUGGAGAGUUACCUCUGAUCAAACGUGGCCAGACACGUACUUGUUUUCCGCCUGCAGGUUCAUCCGCAUCAUGACAAAGGACGAGACAAAAUACAUCCCCAUCAGGUUUGCCAGCGACAACACAACCGAGUUGGACGACACACUGCUCGAAAAGAACCGAAAAAACUACCACAUACCAUUCGUCAAAAAUGAACAACGUCGUCGCUGUGGAAAGAACCUUGAGGACUAGAAUCAAGAACCCGCGCGUCUGCGUAAAGACGAGAAUACCAACAAAAACCAAGGAUGACAAGUUGGCAAGGAAUCGCACGUUAAUCUACACCACGAUGCGUCAAGUCGGACAGUCUAAUUAGACCAGUGACGUACCCAGGACGUGAGCGAUGGCCACAGGUAUAAAAUCUUGACCACUGCACUCGUAAUCGGGUCCGUGUCUCGAUCGCGCCGAAACACGACGUUGAUCGUGCUCAUGAUCAUCUUGUACACGCAAAAUCCGCAAAAGGCCAUGCCAAUCCAAUUGAAGAUGCGUCCCUUCAACGUGCGCUUCUCGACGGCCCGUUGCUGCAUCCAAGGGGAAUAGAGUUGUCACAGAGAGAUUCCAGCGACAAGGGUUUGCACAUACGACUCUAGAAUAGAACGGUGACAAGAAAGACCGACGAGGAAACUGGUCUACCUUUGUCUUCUUUCGGAAAGAUGGCGCCCCACAAUCGUCCCAGCGGGUUUAACGACCUUCCUGAUGCUUUUCCUGCUACCCUCGCCGAGUGCACUUCGUACACAAUUCGCUUCUUCUUGACCACGAUCAUGUCCAAGUUUUGUCGCACUCGUCGUUCAAGGCCGAGGAUGUCGUCCUCGGCCACGCUGCGCCAGAACAUCGUCAUGGAUUCGUACGGCAUGUUGACAGCCCCAAAGCCAGACAAAACCGCCAUGAAGUUUACCCCGAGAAAGCCAACUCGACUGAUGAAUCCCUCAAGCGUGAACAGGCCAAACAGGAACGAGGUAUCCUGUGGAGAAUCCCUGGUGGUGGUUCUUUCGUAUGGCAGGGAUGGUACAUACUCGCCUGACUUCCAAAAUGCGUAAAGGAAGCUCACUUCCAACACACAUGUGACCGCAAUAGCGUGGUAGCGACGAAGGCGCUUCUCUCUGGACAUGGUGUAGAACAGCACAACAGGGAUCAUGUACGCGAUAAGAAAUGCGAGGCCCACAAGGUCGAUUUGCCAUACAAGCUGCCGCAUCUCCGGCGUGAGGAUGUCCGCGAGCUCGAAGAUGAGAACUUCAAAGAUGCUGAACGACAGCAUGAACGU